GUUGGGUGUGCGGGAGACUAUGGCGUCCUCCUCUGUCCCGCCGGCCACUGUACCAGCGCCGACAGCGGCUUCCGGCACAGGUUUCGGCUUCGCUUCCAAAACCAAAAAGAAGCAUUUCGUGCAGCAGAAGGUGAAGGUGUUCCGGGCGGCCGACCCGCUGAGGGGCGUGUUCCUGUGGGGCGUAGCCCACUCGAUCAAUGAGCUCAGCCAGGUGCCUCCCCCGGUGAUGCUGCUGCCAGAUGACUUUAAGGCCAGCUCCAAGAUCAAGGUCAACAAUCACCUUUUCCGCAGGGAAAAUCUGCCCAGUCAUUUCAAGUUCAAGGAGUAUUGUCCCCAGGUCUUCAGGAACCUGCGUGAUCGAUUUGGUAUUGAUGACCAGGAUUACUUGGUGUUCCUUACCCGAAGUCCCCCGAGUGAAAGUGAAGGCAGUGAUGGUCGCUUCCUUAUCUCCUAUGAUCGGACUCUGGUCAUCAAAGAAGUAUCCAGUGAGGACACUGCUGACACGCAUAGCAACCUCUCCAGCUACCAUCAGUACAUUGUGAAGUGCCAUGGCAACACACUGCUGCCCCCGUUCCUGGGGAUGUACCGGGUUAGCGUGGACAAGGAAGACAGCUACAUGCUUGUGAUGCACAACAUGUUCAGCCACCGUCUCCCUGUGCACAGGAAGUAUGACCUCAAGGGCUCCCUAGUGUCCAGGGAAGCCAGCGAUAAGGAGAAGUUUAAAGAAUUGCCCACCCUUAAGGAUAUGGACUUUCUCCACCAGAACCAGAAAGUUUAUAUUGCUGAAGAGGAGAAGAAAGUCUUUCUAGAGAAGCUAAAGAGAGAUGUGGAGUUCCUAGUGCAGCUGAGGAUCAUGGACUACAGCCUUCUGCUGGGCAUCCACGACGUCAUUCGCAGCUCUGAACCGGAGGAGGAGGGGCCUGUGCGGGAGGAGGAGUCAGAGGGGGAUGGGGACUGUGCCCUGACCGGACCUCCUGCUCUGGUGGGCUCCUAUGGCAUUUCCCCUGAGGGUAUCGGCAGCUACAUCCAUUCCCACCGGCCCCUGGGCCCUGGAGAGUUUGAAUCCUUCAUUGAUGUCUAUGCCAUCCGGAGUGCUGAGGGGGCCCCUCAGAAGGAGGUGUAUUUCAUGGGACUCAUUGACAUCCUGACACAGUAUGAUGCCAAGAAGAAAGCAGCUCACGCAGCCAAAACUGUCAAGCAUGGGGCGGGGGCAGAGAUUUCUACUGUCCAUCCUGAGCAGUGUGCUAAGCGAUUCCUGGAUUUUAUUACCAACAUCUUUGCCUAAUAGACUGCCUGACUCCAUGGAGGAGCUGGGGGAAGGGUGUUGUUUGCCAUCUUCAGGACCUGACUGGACAGAUGGACCUGGCUCAAGCUGCUACUCUGGAUGCACCUUGCUGUGUGGGAUGAACCAAGAGUGUCUGAAUUUUGCUGAUAACUUUAUAGAGCUCACUGUGGCACACUUCCUUCCUGGUAGGCCCUGGGAUGGAAGAUUUUCAAAAUACUACAGAUGUGGGUGCAGGCAUGCACACAUACGAUGGGAUAUGGCCAAUCUUAUG